ACUCACACAUCUCCAAAAUCCCUAGAAAAAACCCUCCUCUUCUCCACUAUCCAUACAACACAUUCUCUCUCCUCUAAACCAGACGACACUAGAGAGAGAGCCAAAGUCUCCACCUUUAUUCUCUUGCAUUGGCCAUUUUUCUUAUCAGAUCUAAUAAACGGAGGCUUUCUGAGAAAACCCACUUGGGGGUACCAGCCUAGAAAGUGAGGGGAUUUGUAUAUCCUGGAAAAAGAAAAAGAAAAAAAAGUGGCAUUGAGAGCUUCAGAUGUCUCAUGUGAGAUGAAGAAGAAGACCCAUUUCAGCCUUCGUUUUCUUCAUAUUUCAGUCCUCAUUGUCUUCUUCUUCGGCGCCUCAGUCUCCGUCUGCUCCUCUGAGCCGGCGGCCUCCCUCAUCAGCCAUGGACGUCUCAGCUCUGCUGAGACCCAGUUCAUCAAGCAGCGUCAGUUGCUUUAUUACCGGGAUGAGUUUGGUGAUAGAGGAGAGAAUGUGACCGUUGACCCAUCUCUGGUUUUCGAGAAUGGAAGGAUUAGAAACGCAUAUAUCGCUUUACAAGCUUGGAAGCAAGCCAUUCUUUCCGACCCUUCGAAUAUCACCGGCACCUGGGUUGGAUCUGAUGUCUGCAAGUACACCGGGGUCUUCUGUGCUCCCGCACUCGACAACCACAAGAUCCGCACAGUCGCCGGUAUUGAUCUCAACCAUGCCGACAUUGCCGGUUAUCUUCCGGAGGAGCUUGGGCUGCUUGUGGAUCUCGCAUUGUUUCAUAUUAACACCAACAGGUUUUGUGGGACGGUUCCUCACAAGUUCAAGAAUCUGAAGUUGCUUUUCGAGUUGGAUCUCAGUAACAACAGGUUUGCCGGGAAGUUUCCGGUGGUUGUUCUGAAACUCCCAUCGCUGAAAUUCUUGGAUCUGAGGUUUAACGAGUUUGAAGGGACUGUUCCUCGUGAGCUCUUCGACAAGCCUCUGGACGCCAUUUUUAUCAACCAUAACCGGUUCGUGUUUAAUCUGCCUGACAAUUUCGGGAACUCACCGGUGUCGGUGAUCGUUUUGGCGAACAACAAGUUCCAUGGCUGUGUACCCUCGAGCUUGGGCAACAUGUCGAACCUCAACGAGAUCAUCUUGAUGAACAAUGGUUUGAAUUCAUGUCUGCCUCCGGAGAUUGGGUUGCUUAAGAAUCUGACAGUCUUCGAUGUGAGCUUCAACAAGCUUCUGGGUCCAAUCCCGGACACGUUCAAAGAUCUCAAAGGCAUCGAACAGCUCAAUGUGGCACACAACAUGCUAUCCGGGAAGAUUCCGGAAGGCAUUUGCACCUUGCCUAGUCUGCAGAACUUCACCUUCUCCUACAACUUCUUCACCGGAGAGCCGCCGUCGUGUCUCUCACUACAAGGGUUCGAUGAUCGGAGGAAUUGCCUGCCGUCGAGGCCAUUACAAAGGUCGGCUGGGGCAUGUAAGUCGUUCCUUUCUCACCCAGUGGAUUGUGGUUCUUUCAGAUGUAAACCCUUUGUUCCUUCUAUCCCACCCCCUCCUCCUCCUUCUCCUCCUCUCCUUUCGCCUCCGGAUGUUUUUACUCCACCACCGGUCGCCAAGCCUUUACCGCCACCACCUCCGCCGCCACCAUCACCUUCUCCUCCUCCUCCCCCAGUUUAUUCCCCACCGCCACCUCCACCUCCUCCACCUCCACCACCAGUGUACUCACCACCUCCGCCUCCACCAUCCCCACCACCUCCGUCCCCUCCCCCACCAGUUUACUCUCCUCCACCACCACCUCCAUCUCCCCCUCCACCUUCACCGCCACCACCAUCUCCUCCACCGCCAGUUUACUCUCCACCACCACCUCCUCCGCCAGUUUAUUCUCCACCACCCCCUCCUCCAUCUCCCCCGCCACCUUCUCCUCCACCCCCAUUGUAUUCCCCACCACCACCACCGCCUUCGCCAGCUCCAACACCUCCAUACUGCGUCCGGUCCCCGCCACCUCCUCCGCCAAAUUCACCACCACCUCCUGCUCCUCUGAACUCUCCACCUCCACCAAGUCCUUACUACUACAGCUCACCACCACCACCUCAUCACUCGCCACCACCACCUCAUCACUCGCCUCCACCACCUCCACAUUCCCCUCCACCACCAGUCUACCCAUAUUACUCACCACCGCCGCCUGUUCAUUCUCCACCUCCCCCAGUCCAUUCUCCUCCACCACCAUCACCGCCUCCUUGUAUAGAGCCUCCACCACCUCCUUCCCCACCACCAUGUGUAGAGUACUCACCACCCCCUCCACCACCAUCACCAUCACCACCGCCACCUAUUGUUUACUUGCCACCUCCAUCACCUUCGCCACUUCCUCCAGUGUACCAUUCUCCACCUCCCCCACCAUCCCCAUCACCACCACCACCAACUGUUCAUUAUAGUUCUCCGCCACCACCAGUUGUCCACUACAGUUCUCCGCCCCCACCAUUGGCAUCACCGCCGCCACCAGUUCCAUGUGAUAAUCCACCACCUUCUGCAUCACCGCAACCACCAAUUGUUUAUGAAAGCCCGCCACCUCCUACUCCUGUAUAUGAGGGGCCAUUGCCACCAAUCUAUGGGGUUUCAUACGCGUCUCCUCCGCCACCACCCUUCUAUUGAUUCUUUUGAGAAUUUUCAUCCUCUAACCUUUGUUCAAGAACCAUGAAGAAUUUUACAACGUUAUUUAGCGAUCACCCCCCACCAAAAAAAAGCUUUCUUUUUUUCUUUUUUAUUCCCCUCUUGUGCUUCAUAACUACAAGUUCUUUUUCUCAUUUGGGCAAUUCUCAUCGCUCGGUGGAGGAGGAAGAAGAAAAUAAAAGCCAAAAUAGAUGAAGAUUUGAAAAGGGUCACUGUCCAAUUCUGGGUAUCAUUGACUCUUGCGGAUGUCAAAUUCAUUUGUAUUACAGAGAAGAAGAAGAGGUGAAAAAGUAAAAGAGAGAGACAGAGAGAGGUAAGAGGAGAAAAAAAUCUCUCCAUAUUUAUUUGAAAUUGUUAUGAGAUGGAUAUUUGAGUUGUGAAAAAUAAAAAUGGCAGAGAAAGUUUUAGGUUGCAGAGAAUGUGUAUGUAUAGGGAUGAAUUUGGUGACCAUAUUAUUCAGGGCUACAAGAACAACAGCAGCUGCUGCUCGUUUGUGGGUUUUUAUUGUUAUUAUCUCUUCUAUAUCAUACUUUUAUUUCUUUUGAUUUCCAAUUUUAUAGUAUAAUCAUGAACCAUUUUUACUUGUAUUGACUUUCACAAUUCAUAUCAUUCCUUUUCUUUAAUGUGUA